GUCAGUCUCCUUCCCAACCACAGGAGCUUGACUGUUGUAAACAUGGCGGCCGCUGUGUGCAGAGUUCUGUCCUUCACUAGGAACGCUAAGGUGCUCCUUCAACCAGUGAGGUUGACUGCUGUACCCGUCCACCGAUACAGCGUGGAGGUUUCAAGUACCGGCGAGGCUAUCACUCAUACCGGCCAGGUGUUUGAUGAAAAAGACCCAAGAAGAGCUCGGUUUAUUGGAAAACAGAAAGAGGUGAAUAAGAGUUUUGCCAUCAACCUUGUGGCAGAAGAGCCAGUGACACACUUGGAGGCCAGAGUGGUGUCUUGUGAUGGAGGCGGAGGAGCACUUGGACAUCCCAAAGUCUACAUCAAUUUGGAUAAGGACACAAAGGUGGGGACAUGUGGCUACUGUGGACUGCAGUUCAAGCAGAAGCAUCAUCACUGAAGCAUCAGCUCUGUAUUUGCUUCUCUGUAUAAAAUAAAUUAUGUUGUCUAACUGGGA